AUGCUUCGAGAGCGGGUGGCCAUUCUGGCCGCAACCCUGCUCUUGUUGGAGUGUCACUCGAUGUCGGGGGGUGCCACUGGCGCAAUACCUGAUCAACAACAGCAUCGGCGACAUGUCCCGCACUACGGCUGCACUCCCCAACGAGCGCAGGACUUCGGGAGUCGGUACCCUCAGACAGGAAGGUUCGAGGCGCAGCACAAGAGGGGUCUUGUUGUGGACGAUCAGCCGGCGGGCGAGGAAUGGGAGGAGGCCGAUCUCGAGUGUUGGAGUGCCACCAUGGCAGCGAUAGUCGCUUCGGGAUCGACGCUUGCACUUCAACGAACACUCAAGCCAGACGAACAGCAGUCUGCUUCUGCGGAAGGGUACGGACGACAACAACGACACAUCCGACGGCGACGGCGGCGACGAUAUCGUUACCACCGAAAGGACCGCGACAACAGCAGCGCUCCACGGUUUCGGCGUAUACGGGCAGAGCUGUCUGCCAACCUGGACGCCUGGCGCAUGAGAAGACGACGUGCUCGAGAAACCAUCCCGGCGGCGGCGAUCGUCAUACGGCAGCACCUCACCCAUCUGACAGCCCAGCUCUCGGAACUCACGGGCGAAGGGUUCCGCCGGGCAGAAAGACUCCUAUCGGCGGCCAACGCCUCUGGUAAUGUUGGCAUCCGGAUCGCAGGCUGCGCAGAGUUGUUGCGCCGGCGAGGCCGGGAACUGUUUCUGCUCGGCCUGCGGAAGAGGCAGAACCCCGACGGCUCGGGCGGAGAUAAGCUGGGGAUGGGUAAGGAGGGCGAGGCGGAGCGGAGAAAGAUGAGGGAGCUGCAGCUGCUCACCGACAAGAUCGUGCAGAACGUGGUCGACGUGGUUGCACGGGAUGGGUGGGAAGUGGUCGUUGAGCGGGAAGGGGUAGUCGUGCACCGGCAGUACCUUGCGCUUGGCCCCGACGGCACGCCGGAGGCGCCCGCGGCGCCGGCGGCGCACGCGCAGGCCGCAGGAGUUCCUAAGGCGGAGGCUUAUUCGGCCUCGGUCGGGGGGCGGGUCGAGGGCUCCGCCGAUGAUCCCGCGCCGGUAGGUGAGGAUAGCGGCAAGUUCAGGCCCCCGCAGUUCGCUUGCGUGAAGGCGAGCGCCAUCCUCUCCGUUCCCCCGGAGGUGGUGUACCUGCUGUUCGCCGACAACUCGAGGGUGGGAGAGUACAACGAGCACUGCCGGGAGGUGAAGGACCUGGAGGUGUUAUCGCAAGACAGCAAGAUCACGUGGGCCGCCAGCGGGCGGAUGGGUCCCUUCAAGGCUCGAGACUUUUGCACGCUGGUUCAUUUUCGAACGCUUAGCGAUGGCACCUUGGCUCAGGUCUCGAAGCCGGUCGAGCAUCCGGCGGCCCCCCGCACCAGCCGCUACGUUCGGAGCGAGAUCCUCUUGGCCGGAAACUUCAUGCGACCGGUCCCGGGUGACCCUUCGCGGACCGAGUUUUUGAUGGUGACACACGUGAACCCAGGGGGCGCCGCAGAGACCAGAGCCGGUGCCAUGCUCGUAAACUCGCUGUGCACGAGCUCCCCGGUGACCUUCAUCCGCAGGCUGGAGGUGGCCGCAAAAAAGCUGAUGCUUGAGUUGCAACAGCAGCAGAAGAGAGCGCCUCAUGGGGCCGCAGGUGGGGACACCGGUACCGGUGAUGUUGAUAAGGAUUGGGGGGGGGCAGCGAAGGAGCAAGAAGAGGGGAGAGAGGGGGGAGGCAGUUUAGAGGGGGAGCGGGGGGUUGGAGGGGUAAAGGGAGAGGGGUGGGGGGAGAGGACGGCGGCGGCGGCGGCGGCGGCGGCGGCGACAGUGGCUACUCCGGAUGAUGGUGCCGCACGUCGGCCACAACCGGAAAUGCCUCCCAGCCCACCCCCGCCACCACCGUAGCCAGUGGAGACUAGACCUACUGACAUCUUCCCUGCCGUAACGGAGUAGAAGCACGGCUACAGUAUUAUAUAUAGUAGGGCGUGUGUUCUCGUAGUCAAGACACACCGACGGGAUGGUUGGUAAGAAAAAACUAUUGCCGUGAUCGAUGGAUGGCUGAGGAGAAUCGCGGCGGCGGCGGCGGCGGCGGCGUUGGUGGUGCUGAUGCGCUCGAGGCGUUGGUGACAGUGGUCCGUCGUCGAGGCGACGUGGCCAGGCGUCUUUUUGCACGCCUGCUUGCGGGAGGCGUGGAACCUAGAUGAUAAUCUCCAUAUUCUUGCUUGGGGAUGUGGUCUGUGAUUGUCUCGGAUUGGUCGUGCCUCUGCCCUCUCUGUGUGUUGCGCCCUUCAGGCCCUCGGCGUCAGAUACUGCGGUAGGGUGCGCUUGGUUUGCUUGUUAGUUCUCGCCCCUAUCGAUCCGUACCUGGGCGGCAUACCAUGCAGAGAAACGGCGGGGAAGUGGAGGUAUCAUCCCACGCUUAACUUGUGCUUGGGGCUUUUUUCGAGAGCGGAAAACCGCCCCCCGUUUUACUUUGUUGACAGAAGACGUGACGUGACCGCCAGCAGGUUUCCCGUAGGAUGGACAAUUUUCACACAAGUUGUAAAACUCGCAGUUGGUGUGUUGGUGGAAGAGCUCGGUGGAUUUACGGUCGGUAGCGUAAUGUAAACGCGCUAGCAGUCACUCCCCUUUCUGCCUAGGUGUGUCAUUGUCGACCUAUAUUCCUCUCCGUGUACAUGCUUUUAGUUGGGUGAGGGUAGACACGCAUAUCCCCGAGUCGAAAACGUGGGGAACGCAUCUGAUGAGUCGGCGCCGUAGGGCGUGCUACAAAUAGUGUGCAAACGUUCUCAAGUGUUUUGUUAGCGCUGUGCAGUAGUUUUCGUGUUAGAGGAGAAGUUUUGGUGGGGGUGGGUCUUCGGAAUCGGGGUUAGGGGAGGCGUAUUUCUCCUUUUUGGCAAUCCCAACGGAAGGGCUUUAUUCUUCUCGAGAUAGAAAUUGAGGCAAGCACGGCAGAAGGGAGGUAAAGAAAACAGUAUAAUUAAACUUCCGUGUGUGGUUUUCCUCCUUACUUGCCCCGGUUGAUCCGCCCAGAACACACCGUAAAGCCUGACUGACUGCCAGAAUUCAUGGGACGAUACCACGAUACACACACGCCGUGGCGGUGUGACCUCUACAGACAUGAUCGAGCUGCUUGACAGCGUAGAAAAGAGC